CGUCUUUUUUGCGCCUGCGCACAAACGCUACUUCCUUUUCGACAUCCCGAUCGAGAGAGACGACAUGGGCCAUCAACAGCUCUAUUGGAGUCACCCCAGAAAAUUCGGCCAGGGAUCCAGAUCCUGCCGGGUGUGUUCUAACAGACAUGGUCUGAUCCGCAAAUACGGACUCAACAUGUGCCGUCAAUGCUUCAGGCAGUACGCGAAAGAUAUCGGCUUUGUAAAGCUGGACUAAAGGCGUAUGAACAGCUAAACUUUGUGAUGAGGAGUCAACAUCCUCCCAGGUGAUGGGGAGCCUGACAUCAUGAAGUUACUUUGGAAGAUUGAAUAAAUCUUGUUUGUUUUCCUGUUCAAAA